AUGGCCUCGCGGCUGCUGCACCGGCUGCGGCACGCCCUGGCCGGCGAGGGCCCCGAGGCGGCCCCCGGCCCCGAGGCCGAGCCGUUCCCGGAGAGCUCGGAGCUGGAGGACGACGACGCCGAGGGCCUGUCCUCGCGCCUCAGCGGCACCCUCAGCUUCACCAGCGCCGAGGACGCGGACGCGGACGAGGACGAGGGGGCGGGCCCCGAGCCGCUGCCCGCCGAGGACGGGGCUGCGGGGGACGACGCAGAACAGAGCGCCCAGCCCGAAGGACAGCGGGGCAGCCAGCUCCUGGCACGCCAGUUGCAGGAUUUCUGGAAGAAGUCCCGGAAUACCCUGGUACCCCAGCGGCUCCUCUUUGAGGUGACCAGUGCCAACGUGGUCAAGGACCCGCCCUCCAAGUACGUGCUCUACACCCUCGCCGUGAUGGGCCCAGGGCCACCAGAUCGCCAGCCAGCCCAGAUCUCUCGCCGCUACUCAGACUUUGAGCGAUUGCACAGAAACCUGCAGCGGCAGUUCCGGGGCCCAAUGGCUGCCAUCUCCUUCCCCCGUAAGCGCCUGCGCCGUAAUUUUACUGCAGAGACCAUCGCCCGCCGCAGCCGGGCCUUCGAGCAAUUUUUGAGCCACCUGCAGUCAGUGCCUGAGCUGCGCCAGGCCCCGGUACUGCAGGACUUCUUCGUGCUGCCUGAGCUGCAGCGGGCACAGAGCCUCACCUGUACCGGGCUCUAUCGUGAGGCUCUGACACUCUGGGCCAAUGCCUGGCAGCUGCAGGCCCAGCUGGGCAUCCCCGCAGGCCUAGACCGUCCUCUGCUGACGCUGGCUGGGCUGGCUGUGUGCCACCAGGAGUUGGAGGACCCUGGGGAGGCCCGGGCAUGCUGUGAGAGGGCCUUGCAACUGCUGGGGGACAAGAGCCCCCACCCUCUGCUGGCACCCUUUCUGGAGGCCCAUGUCCGGCUUUCCUGGCGCCUAGGAUUGGACAAACGCCAAUCAGAGGCCCAGCUCCAGGCCCUCCAAGAGGCAGGCCUGACCCCCACGCCACCCCCCAGUCUCAAAGAAUUGCUUAUCAAGGAGGUACUAGACUAAUCCUUUCUAGACUUAAGGCUUUUGUGGGGAGAAGUGCUGCCCCAGGUUGAAGCAGGGGUGGUGAGGACACGGUCAGCAGUUGGGAGGCUAUAGGGGGUGCUGGAAACCCCUCAAAGUUCCACAAAGAGCAUGUAGCAGACUGAGGAAACAUGCUGCUUCUGUUGAGCUGGGCUCAGGACAAGCUAUGGCUGAGGCGCGAUGGCACAGGAAGCCCUGCACAGCCUCUCUGGGGGCUGGAGGCUGUGCCCCAGGUCAAGGUUAAUGUUCCCUUCUCUGUGGGCCUCCAAACCAGUGAAGGGUGCCUGGGAUGCUCCUCUGGUGUCCUGGAGUUGAUGGCUGGAGGGAGGGCUGAGUUCCAGCCCAAGGGAAUUAAAGGCCAGCAGCUCCAGUAGUAUCAGUCUCUUUAUUGGAUGUGAGGGACGGGAGGCUCAGCCCCCAAAUGUAAUUCCCGGCUCAGGAAUGGGCGAGAAGGGAGAUCCUGAAGACCAGGCUGGUACCUCUGGCUACAGCAUACUCUUUAAGACCUUGGGCUUCACUCGGAUCACACCCUCCUGGGCACAGGACACAGCCAGGACCCCGUCCUGACGCCACAGCCUCCCAUGGACCAGCCCCCGGCCGCCACCUGUGUACAGGGAGAAGGGUGAGAAUGGCCUUAUCUCCUUCAGCAGAGCCAAACAUGCUUCUAGAAGAGGCUACUGCCCAGGUUGGGCUGCCCCCCACAAGGACCCGCUGAGUAUUGAGGUCACUCCAAAUCUCCAAGUGCCCCUUUAUGAGAUGGUAUGGCCUGGUGGGUCCUGAGGAACACUUCCUCCCAUAGGAACCCCACUUGACAUUUAAAGCACUUUCAUAUAUGUACUCACUUCCUUAAAAAGAUCACAGAGGGAAGGGGCGGGGGGAGGUCUGAGCAGCUUAGCUAAGCAGAUCUGCCCCUACCUCUGGCCACUUCGGUUAGGCAAUUCAUCAGUUCCUUUUAGUAUAAGUCACACCAGGACCUUCAGACUUGUAACUCAUGAAAAAUACCUCACAGACACACACCUAAGUGGUUGAAGAGAGGAGACCUGGGGCCAGGUCUGGCCACUCUCCGCCCCCACCCAAAGACUCCCUUUACUGGCCCUUGGGCCUGAAUCGGAUGUUGGCGAAGGGAAGUGCUACUUCCCUAACAUAGGAGAGUGGACUUAGUUCUCAUAGUAGCCAAGUGAAGCCGGCAUUGUUGUCCCAUUUUCCAGGUGAUGACAGUGAGAUCCAGGGAGCUCAGGCACUUGGCCUUAAGGAUCAGACCAAACCUGAACCCAGGGGUCCUACUUCCAGGUGUUGAUCCCAUACUGUGAUGCUCUCGGUACUAGAUCCCCUACCCCCAGUAUAAAAGUCCCUGAAGUUUUGUCCCUGUUUAACAAAGCUUUUCUUCAUUUCAAAUGCACUUCCUUGGAAAGGUACGUGGGACCCUGAGACUGGACACUGAUGGAGUCCGACUUUGUCAACUUAUGCGGGGUGUCUCAGUGACUACCCCCUGCCCUGAACCAGAUUAAUCAUCAAAACCACUCAGGGAAUUUAUAAAAUCCAGGUUCUUGUACCUCACCCAAGACCCACUCAGUCACUGAGAAUCUAUUUUGAAAAAUCCACCCCCCUCCCCCCAAGCAGCAGGCUGAUAGGCCAUGAGAGUUGGCUGCCCUGGCUCUGUUGCACACCCACUUGUUUAGAUGGCUCACAGGCUCAGAUAGGAGAUGGGACUUGCCCAAGAUCAUACAAAGAAUCUAAAGUUCUGGGACAAGAACUGGGUCUGAGAUGAAGCGGAUCAUGUUGCCAGCGUGUUGUCCAAAUGAAGAGCUGAGAGCCUGUCCUCAAGCCUCACCCUGUCGUUUUGAAGACGAGGAUGCCAAAACCCCUACCGGCAGUGUCCCAUAGAAGUGGGCAGGGGGCAGCAUCACCCAAGAAAGCAGGCUCCCUGCAACCCCAAGGUCAGUGCCCUGGUCCCACUCACCCACAUACUCACCAGCCCAGGGGCUCUCACACUCAUAGAGCAUCCAGUGGUCGGCUCGGAAAGGGGCGUGGAACCACAUGGAGUGGUCCAGGGAGGCCAUGAAGUGCACCUCAUGCUGCCGCCGGUGGGGCAGCACUGCUGUGCCCAGGAAGGCGUAGUCCGAGAUGUAGGCCGCCACGCAGCAAUGCAUCUUGAUGUCACCCUCCCCUGCAACAGGUUCGGGCCCCAUCAACCCUAGCCUCCUGGCUUUAUAGCUCAGGACCUGCAGGGAGGUGGGGAGGAAGGGGCUCUGUGCACAGACGUGCAGACUCUCACUGCACACGGGCACCUGGCCCGAGGUGUGUGUGAGCGGGGGGGUGACUGAGUACUGAAAUCUGGUCUUCACUGCUGAGCCCCUCACCUAUCCCUGGUGACAUGUCUUCUGAUGUGUACAAAGGCACCUAUGGUUAGCAGUGGGCCUGGAGAAGAAUCUCAAGACGGUGCCUUGCCUUAGGAUUAUAGUUACCUCCUUACUCCCCCUGUACAAAGGGCCGAGAAGCCCUAGUAAAAAAGUCGAGCCAGCGUCUCCAUUGCCAGAUAAAGUAACAGGCCCAGAGCCCUGGAAGAGUCUUCUUUCAAUCCAUGGGGUCUUCUUACCAAUAUAGCCCCGGGCUCGCACCCAGAACAUCUGUUUGGGCUCCACAUGCUGCAGUUGGCUCGAGGUGGGUGGGUUUACCAGCUUGAUCUCAAUGGGCACCUCCUGCGCAGCAAUUCGGUUCAUUCCCACUUGGUACUUCUCUAGGAGGUUAGGGUCUCUGAAAGUAAAGGGGAGAGGGACCAGGAGAGCCCCAGGAAGAGGAGCCUCUCCUCUGAGCUGCCUCUUCCGACUCCUCUCACUCCUCACAGGGACUCCUGACUUCCCCAAAAGUACUCCACGCCCCUAGCAGGCAGGAUAGUACAGCAGGUCCCUGAAUAACGUCAUGUCAUUCAACAUUAUAAUGCUGGUGAGAAAAAAAAACCCGACCAACAUUGAGGGAACCGAUGCUAAUCGAGAACUUGCACUCAUUGAUUGUCCUUUGUGUAAAGUCGCAGUCAAGAACCCACCGAGGACAUCAAGUGAGGACUUGCUGUAGUGAGUUUGAAUCCCUUCUUUGCUGCCAUAUGGCCGUGUGCAAGUGAGUCAUCUGAGCCUAUUUUCCCACCUGCAAAAUGUGGCUAAUGACACACCUACCUCAUAAUCCCUACCGUGGAGAGGCCAAGACAAUGUAUCUAAAGCCAACGCAUCUCAGGCACUGGGCGCACCUGUGCCCUCUCGUCCAUCAGCUCCUUCCUCCUAACCACCCUGCGAGGUCGAUGCCAUCAUCAUCACCCCCAUCCGAUAAAUAAGCGCAGAGAAUCCAGUGCUUGCUCAAAAGUAGAGAAAGUGGGACUAGGAAUCAGGCCAUCUGGCUCCACGGUUCAUAUUCUAACCCACUUCACUAUUCUAAACAAUCACGGAGCAACCGCCCAGCUCGCACUACCGCAUCACCUAACUCUAGGCAACAGGGAAUGCUGUCGCUGGGGCGGGGGCCCAUUUCCAGCGCCUUCACGCCAGUAACAACCACCCCUAGAGCCCUUCACUGAGGUUUCUAUUUUCACCCCUGUCCUCCAGGAGCUGCUCCGUAGACUUUUUCUGUGACGAUGGCACAUUCUAUAUCUGCAUUUCCUCUGUGGUAGCCACUAGCCACAGGUGGCCAGAAGUGCUUGAUGUGGGCAGCGGGAUGAGGAACUGAACUGUUAAUUCCAUUUCAUGUUGACAGCGCCGCACAUGGCUAGUGGCUUCCUUACUGGACAGCACAGCUGUUGAUUUAGGGACCUUUAAAACAUCUUCCUUUCAUUCUGGGGAACAUUUGUGAGCUCGGAGUCCUCUCUGUCAACAGUGGCAUCACUGCAAUCCCCUGAGCUCUCACCAAGCGCCUUAUUAUCUCGUCUCACUUAGUCCUCACUCAGCCUUAAUGGAAAGGAGUUAUGGUCAUUACCACCCUGAGGACACAACUUGCUCAAACUCACCCAGCUAGCAGAGAGAAUCUAGAUUUGAGCCGACUCUUCCCAGGUUCCAACCCGCAUCUGUCCCAUCACCCCCUGCUGGCUGCUGGGCCACAACUAACCAUGCAGACAGAGGUGGUCUCCCUAGACAUGGCCAUGACAUAGGCAGAGCACCAAUGACCAUUCUCAUUUUUAAAUGACAAGCAGGGCUCAGAGGCUGUGUGGCACUUGUAGCAGGAGAGUGCUGACACGCACAACCCCGGCCAGAAUCCCUGUGUCUGUCCUGGGUUGGGAACAGAGCUCUUUCCCCUGUCCCAGCAUCACCCCAACUAAUAAGCUAUAGUCCAAGUACAAAAUAUAUUUUGCCAGGUGAUAGUCAUAAUAUCUAACACUAAACAAAGGCAACAAACCCACCCCUGCCAGGCUGCCCUCCCUCCGAGGCUGCUGGAACUCGAGAGGAGAGGGAUCACGCAGGGGGUGGGGAGGUUAAUAUUUACCAGUGGUUCUAGAAAUAUUUUAAUAAAAGUGUAACAACCAACAAAGCUCAUAGUACCCGAGCUGGCUGAGUGAUAAGCCCUGCAUUUUACACGGUGACCCAUGCACACAUGCUCACACACAUUUAACCUGCGAAGUUUCACAAGAGGACUCUCACCUACUCCUUUUCUAGGCUGUCAUAGUUUUUAAAUGCUGGUCCAAACCCACCACAGGAAUUCAUGACUACUGCAGUUUGAACCCUGUCCUGGAGCCUCCAGGUCUCUCACCUUACAUAAUAGUCCAAGAGGGUCUCACUGUCAAGCAGUUCCUCAGGUGCGGGCACAGCAGGCAUGGAGAACUGGUGCUGCAUGGGGCUGGGCUGGACCUGCUGGAAGGAGGCCUGGCAGAUGAAGAUGGGCUUGCCAUGUUGCACCGCCUUCACGGAGCGCACCGAGAAGCUUGCCCCAGUUCGUGUCCGUUCCACUUGGUACAGUACUGGCACCUUUGGGUCUCCUGCAAUGGGCACGAAGGACACAGUGAGUCUCCUAGGCCUGGUCUUUCUCCAAGCCUUUUCUGCUCAUGCUUUACU